AUGACGGUUGAGUACCGCACACUCAGCAUCCAACUCAGCCGCCAAACCUCUCGCCCCCUCCAUGGCGCUAAGCCUACUCGCAAGUAUAACGCUCUGCUCAGCCGCUUCAAGUUCCUUCGUCGCGGAUACCAGCAGCGCGAAGAUGAGCAUUCCGAGCACGAGGCCAAGCUCGGUGCCACUGCCGAUGAGCUAAGCACUCUCAAGUUCCACCUCGACACUGUCGAUGAGACCCUGACCAAGUUCAGCACCAGCCCCAUCCAGGGACUCGAGACGGAUGCUAUCAAGCGGUGCCGCGAGCGUGACGGUCCUAACGUUUUGAGUUCGCCGCCUAACCGUAUCUGGCUCAAGAUCUUCCAGUGGCUGUUCAGUGGGUUCUGUCCGCUGCUGUGGAUUGCUGCUAUUUUUGUCUGGAUUUCGUGGAAGCCGCUUGGUAAGCCAGCCAACGUUCAGUACCUGGCUUUGGGGAUUGCUAUCUUGCUUGUCAUCUUCCUGCAGGCUGGGUUCAGUGCAUGGCAGGAGUGGACCACAUCGCGGGUCAUGGCGUCCAUCACCGGGAUGCUGCCUACCGAAACCAUGGUUACGCGCAACGGCAACAAGACCAGCGUUGCCGCCACAGAGCUUGUGCAGGGCGACAUCGUCCAUGUCCGCGGCGGUGACAAGAUUCCUGCCGACAUCCGUCUGAUAGAAGUCUCGCGCGACCUGCGCUUCGACCGCUCAAUGCUCACUGGCGAGUCAGACCCGAUUGUUGCCACCGUCAACCACACCGACGAGAACUACCUGGAGACUCGCAACAUUGCCGUCAUGGGAACCCACGUCACGCAAGGGUCUGGCACUGGCGUUGUCAUCGGUACCGGCGACAGCACCGUCAUGGGCCGCAUUGCCAAGAUGACCGCCAGUAAGAAGAAUGAGAAGACACUACUCCAGAUUGAAAUCACUCGUUUCGUUCUGAUUGUGGCCGCGCUUUCGCUUACCAUCGGCACUCUCCUGAUUGUCCUCUGGGCCACCUGGCUCCGUCACUCAUUCCCCACCUUCUUGUCGCUCUCUGAUGCACUUGUCAAUAGUGCUGGUGUUAUUGUUGCAUUUGUUCCGGAGGGCUUGCCUAUCUGCCUGACGCUCACAUUGACUCUUGUUGCUAAGCGCAUGCAGCGCCAGAAUGUACUGGUCAAGAACCUGACUACUGUCGAGACCCUGGGCUCGGUUAACGUCAUCUGCUCCGACAAGACUGGCACGCUGACCCAGAACCAGAUGACCGUCGUCCACGCUGGCUUUAUCGACACCGACGUGUCUACCGACGAUCUGAAGACUCGCUUCGACUCUGGAAAGGAUGUUGCUGUCCAGCGCCUGUACGACACCGCAGCACUCUGCAACGGCUCGUCGUUCGACCCUGCUUCCAUGGACAAGCCCAUUGCCGACCGCCGGGUCAACGGCGAUGCCACCGAUUCGUCAAUCCUGCGGUUUGCUGAGCGCCUGCAGCCUGUUGCCACAGCUCAGGCCAAGUACACCAAGCUGUUUGAGAUCCCCUUCAACUCCAAGAACAAGUGGAUGCUGUCGCUGCGCAAGCUCGCAGGCACCCCGUCUGCGCCGGUCCUGCUGGUCAAGGGUGCGCCGGAUGUACUUCUCCAGCGCUGCUCGUCGAUCCAGAACGCCAGCGGCGACGUGCUCCCGCUUGACAAGGACAGCCUCGAGCGGCUGCAGGGACUCCAGCGCAAGUGGUCGGGCGAAGGACAGCGCGUGUUGAUGCUGUGCCGCCGCGAGUUCCAGAGCACCAACCCAUUUGCCGGCAUUGAGGAUGACCAGGCCAAGCUCGAUGAGGUUGUCGCUGCCGUCAACACCGACCUGACGAUUGUUGGGCUUGUCGGCAUUGUCGACCCGCCGCGCAAGGAGAUCCCGCAUGUUGUCGACACCUGCCGCCGCGCCGGUAUCCGCGUGUUCAUGGUGACUGGUGACUUUGCUCUGACAGCCGCGGCUAUUGCGCGCCAGUGCAAGAUCAUCACCAACGAUCGCGUUGACUCCAUCGACGACAUCCGUGCCAAGGCCCUCCAGCACGCUCCUGGUGCUCUUGCCGAUGCCGGUGUCGAGAAGAAGACGCCCCUGGUCCUGUCUGGCAGUGAGCUCGUCGGCCUGCAGCCUGAGCACUGGGACAUCAUAUGCCACUACACCGAGAUCGUGUUUGCGCGCACGACACCUGAGCAGAAGCUACUGAUUGUCCAGGAGCUGCGCAACCGCGAGUGCUAUGUUGCUGUCACCGGUGACGGUGUCAACGACUCGCCGGCGAUGAAGGCAGCCCACAUCGGUGUUGCUAUGGGCAGUGGAUCCGAGGUCGCCAAGGAAGCAGCCGACAUGGUCUUGCUCGACAACAACUUCUCGUCCAUCCUUGUUGCCAUCGAGAACGGCCGUCUUGUCUUUGAGAACCUAAAGAAGGUUGUCCUAUACCUGAUGCCGGCUGGCUCGUUCUCUGAGUUCGUUCCAAUGUUCCUGAACAUGGUGCUCGGCGUACCCCUCCCACUCUCUGUUAUCUUCAUGAUCGUCAUUUGCAUGCUCACUGACGUGUGGGCCAGCAUUUCACUCAUGUACGAGGCGCCGGAGAGCGACAUCAUGUACCGCAAGCCGCGUAACCCAAAGCGUGACCACCUGGUGAACUUGAAGUUCUUCAUCCAGGCAUACGGAUUCAUUGGCAUCCUUGAGUCGCUGUUUGCGCACGUCAUCUUCUUCAUCUUCAUGUACUGGAAGGGCGGGUUCUCGCCAAGCCAGCUGUUCCUGGCGUUUGACAAGUGGACACUCGGUGAGUUCCCCGGAAAGACUGCAGCGGAGCUGAGCGAGCUGUUGAAUACAGGCGAGUCGGUUUUCUUCCUGUCACUGGUGGUUUUGCAGUGGGGCAAUAUGUUUGCGACCCGCACCCGCCGUCUCAGUGUCUUCCAGCAGAACCCGUUCUGGGGUCCAACCAAGAACCUGCGGCUGCUGUGUGCGAUUCCGUUCACACUCGGCAUUACGUUCCUGUUUUGCUAUGUACCAUGGUUCAACAACAUCUUUGGCACACACCAAAUCCCGGCACCGUUCUUCUUCAUCCCGAUGCCUUUCGCCAUCGUUAUUCUUGUCCUGGACGAGAUCCGCAAGCUAACAAUCCGAACUCGUCCAUCAGGCUUCCUUGCCCGGAUUGCAUGGUAA